GCGGAAUAAUGUUGUUUAUCUGUCGUGGACAAAAUAUUACGCUAUCUUACCGGUGACAUGUUCGAUAUCUGACAUCGGCAUUUAGGAGGAGCGAUGGAGCCAGAUUAUUACCAGGAGAGCAGCCGCCGGAAUGGCUGGUCCCUCCCGCCGCACCCCCUGCAGGGUGUGGCCUGGCUGGUGGUUGUCUACUUCCUCAUCAUCUACUUCACCACCCUCGUCCCGUCCCUCCCAGCGGAGUGGCAACCAGCUGGAUAUAUAUCAAUCAAUGGUCUGGCGUGUGUGGUGCAUGUCUUCACACACUUUGUCGCCACCCUUAUCAACCCUGCAGACGAAGCUGUCCUCAGAGCAAACUUUAAAGACAAGAUGCCAACAUUUGACCGAAAGAAGCGGAGACAUGUUAUUGAGAACCAGCACUGUUAUUUGUGCCGUGUGAAUGUUGGGUCCAAGUCCAAACACUGCAGUGCCUGCAACAAGUGUGUGUCAGACUUUGACCACCACUGUAAGUGGCUCAACAACUGUGUCGGCGGCAGGAAUUACAGAUGGUUCCUCGCGACGCUGGUGAGUGGGGGAGUGGGAUGUCUGCUAAUUCUGUGCGUGUGUCUGGUACAGUUCAUCGGAUUCUUCACAGACGAAAAAGAUGGCCGUCUCCUGCAGCCAUAUAGAGGCAACCAUUCUAUAGCAGAGUUCCAGAUUCUGUACCAGACAGUGGACAAGGAAGGUUGGCUUGCUCUUGUGGGGAUCACCGGCGUCCUGGCUCUCAUUGCUGUUGCCCUGCUCGCUCAUCUGUUCAGUUUCCAUGUCUACCUCAUGUGCAAGGGUCUGAGUACGUACGACUACAUCGUGAUGCAGCGGGAGGACCUGAAGGAUGUGGAGGAGUACCAGGAGUACACCAGCAACAAGCGGCUGCAGCAGCAGCAGGCCGGCAAGACAGCCAAGAAGAGUAAUCGAGUGACGCCAACAAAGCCGAAGCCAGUGACAACAAUAGACACUGUUGAUGGCCGCCUUCACAAACAACACAGGAAACUGUCGUAUGACAAGGCUUUGAGGAACCACCAUGACGAGGAAGGGGAGACUCCACCCCCUACAGCCAGUCCAAUACACAAGCAUGACGACCAUCACAUUAAAAAAAACGUCCGACCAGAUGACAGUAUGACUCCCGUUAAAAAGAUGAAAAAGAAGAAAAAGAAAGUUCUAAAGCCGGGUAUAAGCACUGUUGACAACCCUGACUUAUAUAGCUCAAGUCGGACAAGGCACUCAGAUUACCACUCCGAUUCUGGAGAGUCCUUAAAAGAAGUCCAGCACAGGCACCCAGAUGCCGAGUCCUACGACAGCGCCGUGCUGAUGAACUAUGACCAGCACUCCUCGCAGGCGAGUCUGUUGUCAGGGAGCUCACACCGGCGCCAUGAACCCAGGAAACGCAAGACAAAAGUCAUCGGCGUCAACUCAGAAGAGGGCAGUGAUGACCUCAAUACAACUCACAUGUUUUCUAUCAACGAAAAUGCCAAGUUUAGGAAGGAUGGUAGCUUAGAUUAUUCCAAUGGUGGUGCCUCCCUCCCCCUCACCCCCGUGAUGUUGCGGAAGAAGCAGGAUGUGCCGCCACUAGAUUUGACCAUGCUGAGGUCAAGCGCUGAAAGCACAGCGUCCGCGACAUUCAGGCCAUAUAGUGGAACUGUCCGUUCUACAGACACAUAUGGUUUAACAGACAGACCCCUGCCCAGACUGAAGGCGGUUCCAGAAGGAGGCUUGGAUACCGAAGUUUGAUCAUCUGGGGUCGAGACCUAAUCCACAGGCCCUUGUGUCUUGGUGAAGAUUAAAGAUUUAAAAGGGUUCUUUUUAGAUGACCCCCAAGUCAAAAUGCUUCACAGUACAAUACAUCAUGACAAGGCCGGACACUUCGGUGCACCCCAACCGCCUGCUUUGCCGAUCGCUACGCUACCAUCACAUGCAGUCGAUUAAAACUUUAUGUAAACAUAAUCACGGAUGAUUGGCCUAUUGAACACCAUUCAUGACACCUACCAAUUCUUUAUUGCUAUUUCUGCAAGUCGAUUCAAAGCCGAUUUUGACCCUCAACUAAAUGAUCUAGGCAGGUGGGGUACACCGAAGUGUCUGGCCUUGUCGUGAUGUAUUGUACUGUGAAGCAUUUUGAGUCGGGGGUCAUCUCAAAACAAAUUGUUUUUAAUCCUUAAUCCUCGCAAAGACACAAGGGUCUGUUGAUCUAAGCGGGCAGGUACAAGGGCCCAUCAUCAUUUGUUGAACAUCGCCAACAUGCUUCCUUUAAAGGUGAAGCAGACACAUUUUGAUGUUUGUUGAGAAGAAUAUAUUUUGUUGUAUACUUGUCCAGGAAGUUGAAAAUUGCUCAGUCAAAUAGUGUACAUUGUGUUCCCAGUUUUGUAACACACUUCUCUGAUGUGAGAUGUCAAGACAUGCCAGUAGCUGAUGUUGAAUGUGUGAAAUAUGCUUUCAGUAGUUACUCAGGAACAUAGUUGUAGCAUCUGUUCCAACAUAUCAGUGUGACUAUACUAGAAAAGAAACCAGAGUAAAUACUAGUAUUCAUCGUUCCAUUCGAAUUACAGAGUAAUUAGUAGAUGUGAUAUUAUGAUUGAUAUAAUUGAUGAACACCUAAUUAUAGUCCUAAUCUAUGUAAAUAUUAUUUAUUGACAUAUUUAUCAGAGCAACAGUUAUGUUGUGGCAUGUUAAAUUAAUAAUGUUUGUUUUUUGGUUAUUUAUGAUAAUUUAUCUUACUUGUCCAAUCCGAUCCAGCGCUGUUUUAACUGUUACUAGUCAUGAUACUGUGAUAAUAAUAACACAAGAAAUUGUUACUUGUAGAGUCUCUCUCUUGAUGAACAUGCACUCAAAGCUUGUUAAUCUGAAAACCAUCCUUGUGUCAUCCUCGCCCGUCCAGGGAAUUAUGUCUCCUCUCUGUUGUAUUAGAUGCCUUGAACCUUUUCACCUCCAUAGCUGGAGUCCAGUUCAACAUACAUGCUCUACAUAUAACAGUCUAAUCACUUUAGUCUUUUCAACUAAGAGCUCAAUUAUAACCGUUAUAAGAGUCUUGCAUGUUUGAGAUUGGGAUUUUGUGGGAGGGAUGGAUUAGCAUCAUUUUAAAUGAAGUUAUGGUGGCAAAUAGAUCUUAAUAGAAUGGGCGAUAUGUAUGAGGAUUACUUUGUAUAUGUUUAGAUGUCCCUAUGUUCAGAAAGGACUGAUAGGGUUUCACUACACCCAUAUAACGAGGGCUUAUAGGGGUUUCACUAUUCACAGAGUUUCACCACUCGCAGUUGAUACGGGUUUCAUAUCACUGCGCACAUAACAAUGGUUUCACUACACACAUAGCAAUUGUAUCAUAAGGGUAUCACGACACACAUAAGGGUUGCACCACACACAUAAUGCCUUCACUACACACAUUAUGGUUUCACCAUCCACAUAACAAGAGUUUCACCAUCCACAUAACAAGGGUUUCACCAUCCACAAGGGUUUCACGACGUACACAAGGGUUUCACCAUCCACAUAACAAGGGUUUCACCAUCCACAUAACAAGGGUUUCACCAUCCACAAGGGUUUCACCAUCCACAAGGGUUUCGCCAUCCACAUAACAAUGGUUUCACCACACACAUAAUAAGGGUUUCCCCAUCCACAUAAUGCUUUCACUACACACAUGGUUUCACCAUCCACAAGGGUUUCACCAUCCACAUAACAAUGGUUUCACCACACACAUAAUAAGGGUUUCACCAUCCACAUAAUGCUUUCACUACACACAUGGUUUCACCAUCCACAAGGGUUUCACCACACAUAAUAAGGGUUUCACCAUCCACAUAAUGCUUUCACUACACAUAAUGCUUUCACUACACAUAAUGGUUUCACUACACACAUAGUAAGGGUUUCACUACAUGCACAUAUGCUGUAGUUUAAUAUGAAGAAACACUCUCUUCUUGGAAUAUACAUAUAUUUUACAUUUUAUAUGAUAAUUUGUUCUGAAUAUAUUGUAGUUAAUCAUGUU